UCUACUUAUGACACACAUUCGCCAAUUUAAUAAAUUUCUCUCGGAUUCUAAUUUAUAUUUCAUUCUAAUUUCUUCAUUUCUCUCUUUCUUUAUUAGGGUUUGGAUCUAUGUUUCAUUGGCCAAAAUGGUGACCAUGCCUCAUUAUCUCUCUUUCUCUUCUUCGCCAUUUGCAAGUAUUUUACCAAUCAUGAGCACCGAUGUGAGGGCGUUGUUUGAGCUCAUGCUUGUGGAUCAGAGUGGCCAGUGUAAGCACGAAGUUCAUAGCCAUUUUGAUGUUUUCAAUUAUAAACGAGAGUGGUCCCUACACGCUCAAGUAUAAAGGAGCUUACAAGUAUGUUUCGGAGCUCUCGCGCAAGAAGCAAUCUGAUGUGAUGAGAUUCUUGCAGCGUGUGAGGUGUUGGGAGUAUCGUCAACAACCUUCUAUUGUUCAUUUGACAAGGCCUACUCGCCCACACAAGGCUCGCCGCUUGGGUUAUAAGGCAAAGCAGAAUGGCCCUCCAUGUCUUGAUUAUGAAAGAGACGAGAUUUUCAAAGGCUUGUGUUGUUCACUCGCACUUGUUACCACCAACUUUGCUUUGGGUUGGACAGUUUAUAGGGUAUCUUUGUGGUCAAGGCAUUGGAUUCGACAUCUUGGCCCUGGAAUUGAUUCGUUUUACCGGAAGAAUAGUUUUUGGUAUCAUAUUUAUUCUUGUGAUAUAUGGGGAUUUCCUCUGACAAUGUAACUGGGCUUGUUCUGGCUGUCUCUUCCAGCGUUUUUAUUGGCUCUAGCUUUAUAAUUAAAAAGAUGGGGCUAAAAAAAGCUGGUGCCACUGGGAAAAGUGCAGGUUUAUCUCCUCUUAUAUGCUUCUUCCCUUUUUUGCCCCCUUCACCCCCUCUUUUGUUUUUGGUUUUUGACAUGCUUUUUAUUUAGGUUAUUGAAAAGUCUUGAA